AUGUUUAUUAUAGCAAACGUCACAGAUUGGCUUCUGUGGCUUAUUCCCAAACCCUUUGUUCAACUUGCUCCUCAGACCUGGCUUAUCAAUAUUUCCCACCGCCUCAAAAACGAACGAAAAAUUAAUGAUUCUAAACGAGGCGACCCUGUAGUCAGAAUUUCAUAUAAUAUGGUCGUCAAGUACGGCACUGGUGUUUCUCCCGGCGAAGCAGCGACUCAGGAAUACGCCUCCCAACAUGUCGACCCCAAUAUUGUCCGAGUUCCCAGAGUUUAUCGCUACUUCCAACACCAUGACCCUUCCGAUACAAAGCCCAAAGGCUACCUUUUUAUGGAAUAUAUACCCGGACAGAACUUGAAGACGUUGAAUAAUAUUGAUUCAAACAGUGAGAUUACCAAAAAGUUGACGAAAAUAAUUGCCCACCUUGGGCAGAUAAAGGGUGGGGGUGUUCCAGGUCCAGUUGGCGGUGGCAUGCCCCGAGGCUACUUGUGGGGGGAUAAUGGUGCAAAAAUGGAGUUUGGGUCUUUAGAAGACAUGAAUGCCUGGGUUAAUAAACGUAUCGAGCUUCUUGAGGAAACUGUUGACCUGACGCCACACUCGCUUAGCCUUUGUCAUAUGGAUCUAUGUCGUCGGAAUAUUAUACUGAUGGAAGAUCAGUCAAUAUGCCUACUCGAUUGGGGUCAUGCUGGAUUUUUCCCACGAUUCUAUGAAAUUGCGGCCAUCAAGUGCAGCAAUGAUCAUUAUAGCAUGUCGCUUUUUGAGGCUACUACUAAAGCGAUUGCUUUGACGGAAGAAGAGCUUAGGUGUAUGGAUUUGGUUAUAAAAGCUCGAGAUGCUAGCUUACGGUGGUCCUUUGAGAAACGCACUCAUUGCAACACCUCUCCCUUCUUAGACUUUGUCACUGCUAGAGUAUUAAUAUAG